GAAACAGGAUCAUUCAAACUUAUGCUUUUCUCGAUCCGGGAAGUUCAACAACAUUCUGCACGGAAAGACUGGCGCAGAAGUUAAGCCUGGAAGGAAAACAAACCACUGUGUUAUUGAGAACAUUGUCAUAUGAAAGACCUGUCAAGAGUGUGUUGCUGUCAGGACUGGAAGUGGGUGAGCUAAAAAGUAGCAAAUUCAUGCCUAUAACUGAAGUUUACACUCAAAAGUCCAUGCCAGUGACAAAAGACAACAUCCCAACACAUGAGGACUUAAAGGAAUGGCCUUACCUCAGUGAAAUCCACUUACCCCAGAUAGACUCUGAUGUUGACUUGCUCAUUGGAAUGAACGCAGCAAAUGUGAUGGAACCCUGGCAAGUGAUCAAUUCACAAAAACAUGGGCCUUAUGCCGUUAAAACCCUGUUAGGCUGGGUGAUAAAUGGUCCAUUGGGAGGAUGCAGCAAAGGUGUGGAAAUUGCCACAGAGACUGCCAAUAGGAUCUCCUUGGUCGACCUGCAAGAACUUCUGGUGAGUCAAUACAACACAGAUUUCAACGAGAAGGCCUAUGAAGAAAAAACUGAAAUGUCAGUGAAUGACAAGAAAUUCCUGAACAUUGUCAAUGAAUCUGUGAAAGUGAAAGAGGGUCACUACUGCAUUAACUUACCUUUCAAAUCAGAUAACAUCACAAUGCCCAACAACCGCGUUGUUGCAGAACAGCGCCUGUUGAAUCUGAAAAGGACGUUCAAAAGAGAUCUGUACUAUCAAAGGGAGUAUACAGAGUUCCUCAGUGAUGUCAUUCACAAAGGCUACGCUGAAAUGGUUCCCUUUGCACAACUGUAUAGGACAGAUGGAAGUGUUUGGUAUAUCCCUCAUCAUGGGGUAUAUCACCCAAAAAAAGAAGACCAUUAGAGUAGUCUUUGAUUGUGGUGCAACCUUUCAGGGGACAUCCCUUAACUCUGAACUACUCCAAGGCCCAAAUUUGACGAACACGCUAAUUGGAGUGCUGACACGUUUCCGAGAAGAACCAAUAGCGCUGAUGGCGGACAUACAGGCCAUGUUCCACCAAGUCCAGGUGACUGAAAGUGACACUGACUUCCUGCGCUUCUUAUGGUGGCCACAAGGGAAUGUGGAUGAUGCUCCAGUGGAAUAUCGCAUGACUGUUCAUUUGUUUGGUGCAGUCUCUUCACCAAGCAUAGCCAACUUUGCUCUCAGAAAGACUGCACAGGACAAUGCAAACAACUUCCCUCCUGAGGUAACAAACACAAUCAUGGAACACUUUUAUGUAGAUGAUUGUUUAAAAUCUAUGCCCACAGAACUAAAAGCAAUGGAACUCAUCUCAGACCUCACUGAAGUCUGUCAUAGAGGAGGCUUCCAUUUGUCAAAAUGGAUAAGCAACAGCAGAGCUGUCCUUGGUGCUGUUCCACAAGAAGACAGAAUUAAAGAGAUAAAAGACUUGGACUUGAGCAAAGAUCCAUUGCCCAUGGAACGAGCCUUAGGACUUCAAUGGUGUGUCCAAAGUGACUCCUUCAAGUUCAACAUCACCAUCAGUGAACGUGCACUUACCAGAAGGGGCAUCCUUUCAAUGGUAAGCUCUAUAUGAUCCAUUAGGCUUUCUGUCUCCACUUACCUUGCCAGCUAAACUGUUGUUACAGGAAUUGUGCCGACAGGACCUUGGAUGGGACAUGACCAUUCCCAACACACUUUCUGACCAGUGGACCAAAUGGACCGGAAGUCUCUCACAACUCACAGACUUUAAAGUUUCACGCUGCUUUAAGUCAAAUGAUUUUGGUGAGUCAGUGCAAAACCAGAUUCACCACUUCUCUGAUGCCAGCGAGCUAGGCUAUGGAACAGUCAGCUAUCUCAGAAUGACAAAUGGAGAAGGGAAAGUCUAUGUAUCAUUCUUGAUUGGCAAGUCAAGAGUAGCUCCAUUAAAACGACAGACCAUCCCAAGGUUGGAGUUAGCAGCUGCAGCUUUGUCAGUUAAAGUGGAUAACAUGUUAAAAAAAGAAUUGCCGCCACCUACAGAUAGGUCAGUGUUUUGGUCUGACAGCACAUCUGUCUUAAAGUAUAUCUCAAAUGACCACACUCGUUUUCAUACCUAUGUGGCGAAUAGGACAUCUAGGAUUAGGGAGGCAACACAAGUCAGUCAGUGGAGGUAUAUUGACACAAAGAGAAACCCCGCAGACGACUGCUCUAGAGGUGUGAGCGCAGAGAGGUUCAUGAGGAACCCAAGGUGGAUCUCUGGACCAGAGUUCCUUUGGUCAUCAGAAGAGGACUGGCCGAAUGAAUCUGUGGACAAUGUUGAACUUUGUGAAGAUGAUCCAGAGGUGAGGAAAUCUGCAACAGUGAAUGUAAUUAUGCAGACAUGUGAGGAAAGGCCCACAGACAAAUUGAUCAAUCACUUUUCAGAUUGGCUGAAGUUGAGAAUAGCUGUUGCAUGGAUCCUUAAAGUGAAAGAAACAUUAAAACACCUCGUGCAGAAAGGAAAUGACUCAAAGAAAGAUUGUAAGCAGACUCUAAGGGUAACCAGAAUGACAAAAGGGUAUGUCAAAGACAACAUAAAAGAAGCAAUAACGGUGAAUGACCUGAUAAUGGCAGAAAAGGCUAUUCUAUCGUAUGUACAGAAACAAAGUUUCCCUGAUGAAAUCAACAUGCUGCAAGAGGGCGCUUCCAAUGUGAAAAAAAGCAGUAACAUAUACAAAUUGGAUCCAGUGCUGGACAAUGGAAUCCUCAGAGUGGGCGGUCGCCUCAGAAGAACGGCAAUGCCUGAGGAAAGAAAACAUCCUGCCAUUUUGGCCAAAAACCACCACGUGUCCACUCUGAUCUUACGCCAUGUCCAUGCUCAAACUGGACAUGGAGGAAGGAACCACAUGUUAUCCCAGGUGCGUAAAACAUACUGGAUUACAAGUGCUAAUUCUGCUUCAAGAAAGAUUAUUUCUCACUGUGUAACUUGCAGAAAGAACAGAGGAAAACCUGGUGAACAAAAGAUGGCUGAUCUGCCAAGGGAAAGGCUAGUCAUGGACUUACCACCAUUCUCCAACAUUGGUCUUGACUAUUUUGGCCCUUUAGAGGUGAGAAGGGGAAGGAGCACAGUAAAAAGGUAUGGUGUCAUCUUUACCUGCAUGACAAGUCGAGCAAUACAUCUGGAGGUUGCCUACUCUUUAGAUACACACUCGUGCAUCAAUGCCAUCAGGAGGUUUCUAUGCCGAAGAGGCCAGGCACAACACAUAAGAUCCGAUCAUGGCACUAACCUUGUCGGUGCAGAAAGGGAACUAAGAGAAGCACUCAGAACAUUAGACCAAAGAAAGAUCCACCAAGCUCUGAUGAAGGAGGGAGUUCACUGGAGCUUCAACCCCCCCCACUGCUUCUCACCAUGGUGGGUUCUGGGAACGCCUCAUCAGAAUGGACUAACCCACUUCUGCCCCUGA